CCUUCCCCAUGAUCUUUAUCACGUGACGGAGUAGGCGUAUUUAAGCCCCUGGCGCGAGAUUCUCGGAGAACAGAAUAGCAGUAUCAACCACAAGUCGUUUGUUAUAACGGUCUCUUGAAAGAAAAUGAGUUUCAGCGGAAAGCAAAAACACAGCCAGCAGAGGUCUAAUGAGAAUAUAAAGAGCUUUUUUACACCAUCCCAAAAGGCAAUGGGACCCCCCAGGCAAACUCUGCAGGUCCUCCAACCCUCAGCUGGCAAAAAAAAUCUGGGAAGGUCAGCUCAGGAGGGAAAGGUAAUUCCCAAACGCAAACAGUGGAGCACAGAACAAACUAGAGGUCCAAAGAGGGUGAAGGCUGAAGUUAAAUCAACACAAACAGAAGAAGCUCAGUGUUUGACAGAUGGAAUGUCCAAUGAAGCAUAUGAACUUAUGGUCGUAGAAACGGCUCCUUCCUCCUACUGGAAAGAAAUGGCUGAGGAGCGUCGGAAGGCCUUGUACAAUGUUCUACAGGAGAAUGAGAAGUUACACAAAGACAUUGAGGCCAAAGAUGAACAGAUAAUGCAGCUGAAGUGUGAAAAUGAAGAGCUGCAGGAGCUGGCACAACAUGUACAGUACAUGGCUGAUAUGAUUGAGAGGCUGACUGGGAAGAGCCCAGACAAUCUGGAGGAACUGAGGGAGAUUGCUCUUGAUGUGGAUGAGCAUGAUGACAGUGAAGUGGCAGAUCAAAGUGAGGAAAGACUCUGAUUACAGCCUGAGUGAUUCAGAGGAAGAGACCUCAGACCAUGAACAAGCUCCCUCAGGAGAGCUGGAUUAACUGACCACUUGUAUUUCAUGGGACUUUGAACUGCUUGUAUAGGUCAGCAGAUUUUAGCUACAGGAUGUUUUGGCAGCAAGAAGUGGCCAUCAAUUUGACUGAAUUGACCCUUCAAUGUAAUCUUUUAUGUACUUCAAUAAUUGUUUUUAGACUGCCUGCAAUUUUUUUUCUUAGAUUUUGCUGUAUUAAGUAAAGAGGUGUUUAAUACUAAGCCACUUUUCAGACAUUUCUACAAGACAAAAGGAAAAGCACAGGUAACUUAAUGAUGGCUGAAGUUUUAGUUUCUUAAGAUGGCUUACUGGGGACACUGACUAGACCUGAGCCAUUGUUAAUGUUUAAUGUCAACGUACUACUUGUUGCAUCCAGGGAAUAACACCGAGCCUUGCAGCUUACCCAGACCCCUGUGGGGCCCUCAGGCCCCUUUACCUGACUGUCAGACUCCGACAGGAGUGACAACCAUGUGACAGUAACGCCUGUGCAAUUUCUACUCUGACGAGUCAAAAGGAGUGCUGUGAAAAGCCUAUUGAGGUGUUUUUUGUUUUUUUUUCCAACAGAUUUUUGCAUUCACUGCCAGAUGUGGCCUUGAGCAUGGCCUUGAAGAGUUUUGGUUUACACUGUAAAAUUGUGCAAUGUUAUAGCUCAGAUGUGUACAUAAGCCUAAUGUAAAAUAAACCCCUUUUUUAAAAAACUUUC